UUGAUAAUUAAUAAUACUAUUAAAUAUAUUUUCUAUAAAAUAUAUUAUACAUGCUCAACGGUUAAGAGAGUACUUAAUUUGGCCCAUCAUCGAUAUAUCACCAAUUUGAUCGAUAAACUUGACUAUAUGGAUGGUAUGGACGUGAAAGAGGCAAGAGAAAUGUGUCAGAAUUUAACAACGGAGUGUGCAACUGCUAUAAAAGCAUUACUUGAUAAUACAACAGCUACUUUAAACGGGCUUAAAAGCAUUGGUAUUGAUAUGGAUUUUCGACACCUAAAUCUACCCUCGAAAAGGAAUCAAAAUACAGAUGCGUUGUUUUCCCUAAAGACUAAGAUAGAACCCCUGGUUUCUAGUAAAAAGAGUUCCGGAUCUCUACACUCACAGAAACAUGGCAUUUUUAUAAUCGGUGUUAUUUUUUCCUUUUGGCGUCGUUGGAGAACUGAAUAUCUGCAUCAACUGCAGGCGCGGCAGAAAUGGACUCAAUCGUCGGUCCCCGUAAAGGUGGGCACAGUUGUCAUAACUAUAAAUGAUAACUCACCAACCCUCUCUUGGCCCUUGGGAGUGAUCAUAAAGGUUCACCCGUCUAAGGACGGUAUAGUUCGUGUCGCUACAUUAAAAACGGCAAGGGGUACACUCGUGCGACCAGUGGUGCGCUUGUGUCCGUUGCCUACACAAUAA